UACUUAGCUCGCUUCGACAUGGCUUCUUCUCCUUCCCUGACACCACCAGCCUUGACGCCGGAUUAUACUGGCUCAGCUUCACCAGACUCAUCAAAUCAUUCGGAUGCAGCAGUCAACAAAACGCGUCGUCAAACCGCAUUCUACCCAAACAUGAACUCUGCCAACAAACCAGUCAAGCCAUUUAGCAGAAGCGCGGCAAAGCGUCAGAGUGUCAUGACACUUGGAAGCAUAGAACACCUUCAGCACUAUUUUACAAAGACUGGCAUAACUCCCAGGUCAAAUCCAUCCAAGAAGUUGCACGGCCAGCAGCUUAUCCCAGCCAUCGGUGGAAUCUCGGCAGCCAGAUCUGCCAAAGCGUCCUUGGGCAGUCUAUUGGAGUUCGAGUUGCCUCCAUCACCAGCUAUCCCACAGAUACAGCAGCCGGCUUUCCCUCCAUUUGUGAAGACGUAUGAGACAGACCCUGAAGCGUUCCUUCCAGGCGUCGUAGAAGACCUUAUGGCUGUUGCAGACGCGUGGGGCUUGUCAAGUAGCAAGAGUGACAAGUCAAGACGUGAUCUUGGUCUCCUUAGCCCACACUCUUCCGAUCCUCUUCGGGAUCGCCUGGACAUUCUCAACGUACUCAAGAUCACAACGCGCGCCAUUCGUUCAGUGCGCAACUACGUCAUCGCAUUACCAGACGAUUCCGCUGGGACUAUCCGCACCCAGUACCGCAACAAAGUCGCCGCAAAUCCACCCCAACCCAAACGGAACGCGUCACAACAGAAAGCCCAGGCAGAUCCCCUCUCACUCAUCCGCAAGUCUGCAUUGGAAGUCUUGGCUGCUCUUCGCGAACUGGAAGAGCGCUCACGUGUACCUCUUUCAGACGAGGCGUAUGAUGUACAAAGCGACCACGGAUCCUUUCCUGACCACCUUGCUACUCCACAUUCGCGUGUGACAUCUCCCGCUGCUCUAUCAGAUACGUCUCAUGAUCACGAUCCUGACCUUUCUAUAGACCCAGAUAUGUCAAUUUCCUUCGUCCAUGUACAAGGUCGAGAUGAAUCCGUGCCGGUGUGGGAGGAUGACUACUAUGACUCGACUUUGAGCGAAGAAGAACAAGAAAAGAGGGAUCACUGGGACGACCGUUUAGUGCUGGGCGGGGGUUGGCUAUAUAAGCAGGACAUGUCACUGGCUGACUUGGGGAAAGAGAAGGAAGUGGUGCGGAGGUAUGUGGACCUGGUGGAUGACGUGUUAUUUGGAGAGGUGAAGGAGGGUAAAAGAGGCUGGGAACGAGAACACGAAAGGGCUGUGAAGAAAGAGAGAGAUGGCCGAAAGAACAGGCGUGUUAGCGCAGGAGACGCAGAUCCUUUCCGGUCUCCGUCCUCGCCUCCAUCGUCAAGGCGGGUGGUAUCUUCUAGUCUACUAGAUUCGAUGCACAGCUUGAAGAUGAUGGACGAGAACGACGAAAUGGGAACUCUUUCGGAGGGGGAAAGCGAGGACGAAGAGGAUUUACCCGAGUGGGCGAAGCAUGGAUCCUUUGCUGAACACCCGUUAGGCCGUGCCCAUGCUCUCAUCCGCGCCCUACUUCCGGAACACCUCUGCUCAUUACUACCACCCGCCACGGAUAGACACGCAUUCCUCCUCGCACUUUCGUCCGGCCAAAUUUUGUGCAUAGCCUACAACACCGGCGUCCGGUGGUCACGCAAACCCUGGGGUUUCAUCUCACCAGACUCCAUCCAUGACAUUGUAGCACUAGAAGCUGCAGAAGACGAAAAAGAAAAGAGCAAGACCGGCUGGACAUUCAGACGAACGGAUAACCUUCGAUUAUGGGCUGCCGCGCUCAAGAUCCGAUACAUCCUACCAAUAGUCGUACCCUCCUCACCCAACCGGACAGAUCACCAACUCAAGCCCUCCCAAAGCACACCAACAAACUCUCCCUCAAAAAUCCGCUUCCCCACCACCGAACCCUCCAUCACCUUUGAUCCCCGCCUCGUAGCGCGCAAAGACGAGGGGUGGGACGCUAUGCUCCAAGAGACGCUGCUGAAGUGGGUAGACGUCGUCGUUGAGGAGCGUAGGGGUGAGCGGUAGCUUGCAAUUGCUUUCUCCUGUCCCCGCGUUUGUUGUACAUCGUGUUUUGUUUUCAUCGCUCCUCGUGCAAUUGGACUUUGGGUUUUGGGUUUUAUUUUGUAUCCCCCCUCAAGAGUUCAUACCAUUACCAUUUCAAUCACGUUUAUUCAUGUCGAUGCAUCUAUACCUAUUGCAUUCGCAUUUGCUACCCGCUCUCUAACUAUAGCUACUUUGGUGCGGCUGUUUACCGCAUUGUGGAUGGAUAUCGCAUACAUACCCAGUCAUACUAUAAUGGUAUUCAAAGUAAAAAUAACAAGGCUUUGAAACGUC